AUGACAACGUUCGAUAGUUUAUAUGACCUUAUAAUCAUAGGAUGUGGUCCAGCUGGUAUAGUUGCUGCAUUAGAACUUCAAAAGUAUCAACCUAUUCCAAAGUUUCUAAUUCUCGAAGCUCGUAAUCGUGUUGGUGAUCGAACUUAUACUGAUAAACAUACAUUUAAUAGUAAUCACCCGAUUGAUCUUGGUGCUCAUUGGAUUCAUCAUUAUCGUUCAGAAAAUCCUCUUUAUGUACAUCAUACUCCAUUAGAUAAAGAUUAUUUUAGUUAUAAUUUUGUUGAGUCGGAAAAAGAGGAUUUCUUUUUUUUGGCAUAG